UUAGACAAGGCAGCCAUAAGAAUUCAGUCAUGGUGGCGUGGAAGCAUGGUGCGUCGGACAUUACUGCACACAGCACUCAGGGCCUGGGUCAUCCAGUGCUGGUGGAGGUCGAUGCAGGCCAAGAUGUUGGAGCAGAGACGUCGCCUGGCGCUGAGACUUUACACUUGUCAGGAGUGGGCGGUGGUGAAGGUGCAGGCACAGGUUCGAAUGUGGCAGGCCCGCAGACGAUUUCUCCAGGCACGACAGGCUGCCUGCAUCAUCCAGUCUUACUGGCGAUGGCAUACCAGCCAAACCAGAGGUCUGAUCCGGGGCCGAUAUGAGGUCAAAGCCAGCCGGUUGGAACUCGACAUUGAAAUUCUCGUGACCUAGGGCACUGGCAGAGCCAAGGAGACUGGAUCUCUCGCCCAAUAAAGACGUUUACUAGCCA